AUGGAAAUUGAAAAAAUUCAGAAGGGUGAAACAACAAAGAAGGAUGAGGAAGAGAACUACCUGGAUUUAUUUUCCCACAAGAAUAUGAAACUGAAAGAACGAGUUCUGAUACCUGUCAAACAGUACCCCAAGUUCAAUUUUGUUGGAAAGAUUUUGGGACCUCAAGGCAACACCAUCAAGAGACUUCAGGAAGAAACUGGUGCUAAGAUAUCUGUGCUUGGGAAGGGUUCGAUGCGAGAUAAAGCAAAGGAGGAAGAACUGCGUAAAGGGGGAGAUCCUAAAUAUGCUCAUCUAAAUAUGGAUUUGCAUGUCUUCAUUGAAGUUUUUGGACCCCCUUGUGAAGCGUAUGCUCUGAUGGCUCACGCCAUGGAGGAAGUCAAGAAGUUCCUUGUUCCAGAUAUGAUGUAUUAUAUCUGUCAGGAGCAAUUCUUGGAGCUCUCCUAUCUGAACGGUGUACCAGAGCCAACUCGUGGCCGAGGAGUCCCUGUGCGGGGAAGGGGAGCAGCUCCACCACCGCCUCCGCCUGUUCCAAGGUAUCUUUCCCAAAAACACGUACCUGGAAAUGCUGCGUCUUGCUCUGAGUUGUCCUGUCAGUUGAGGGGCCGUGGUGUUGGUCCUCCCCCUCCUCCUCCUCCUCGGGGGGCCCUUGUGCGAGGAGCCCCGGUGCGGGGUGCCAUUGCCAGGGGAGCUGCUGUAGCCCGCGGAGUCCCUCCUCCCCCAGCAGUACGGGGUGCUCCUGCACCCAGAGCGCGGGCAGCCGGCAUUCAGAGAAUACCGCUUCCUCCUCCUCCCGCACCAGAAACCUAUGACGAAUACGGCUAUGACGAUGCAUAUGCAGACCAGAGCUAUGAGGGAUAUGAAGGCUACUACAGCCAGGGCCAAGGGGACACAGAAUACUAUGAUUAUGGACACGGGGAGGCACAGGAAACCUAUGAAGCUUAUGGGCAAGAUGACUGGAACGGAACCCGUCCCUCCCUGAAGGCCCCUCCGGCCAGGCCAGUGAAGGGGGCCUACAGAGAGCACCCAUACGGACGUUAUUAAAAAACAAACAUGAGGGAAAAAUAUCAGUUAUGAGCAAACAGUUGUUACUGAUUCUUGUAUCUCCCGGGAUUCCCGUUGCUUUACCCACACCAGACAAGUAAUUGUCUAACUGUUUUUCUUCGUGGCCCUUUUUCUCCCACUCCAUCCUCACCCUGCAUUCUGGCUUCUGUACGUAGUAUUUUAAAAUGAGUUAAAUAGAUUUAGAGGACCGACUUUAAUUUUUUUUUUUUUUUAAGUGUGUUUAGAUGGCUUUUCUUUCUUUGUUGUUUAGGUAAACACAACUGUACCUUUUUUUUAAUAAAAAAAAAAAAGUUGAGUUAAAAAUGUUAGUUUCAAAAGUGACAUGCUUUGCUUAGCAGUUAUGAAAUUAAGGUUUUGUUAACCUUUUAAGUUUGGUUUUAAGGAACCCAUAAAAGUUGUAGUUGCAGAAUCCCAAAGUAGGCUACAUUUCAAAAUUCAGGGCUGUUUUUAAGAAUUAAAAUCAUAAUGUAACGGUAGUAGCUGCCACCGUUUAAAAGUAACCUCAGACGUCAAAAACUUUCCUUAAAAGCAGAUUGCUGGUGAAUCUUAAGUUUAAAUUUUAAUACGAAGGAUCCUCAAACAAAUUAAAUAGCAUUUUUUUAAAGGUAAUUGACUUAAAAGAAAAAAAAAAAAAUUAGGUUUAUAAAAUUGACUUUUUCUUAUGUGGGUUUUGAAAUCUAGCCCCGAACAUGCGGUGUUGAGAGAUGCUUGGGAAGCAGAUUUUUCCAGUGUAAAGGGGUUCUUAGUUUGGUUCUGUAUGAAGAACUUUUAAGGGAAAAACACAUUAAAGCAUGGCUCUAAUUGCCCAGUGUUUGAUAUUAGAAAACAGAGUAUUACGUGAGCAGGUCUGAACUCUGUAAAAAUUCCAGUCUUCUCAUUUUUAUAGUGAUUGGGGCGGAUAAUACAGUGGAAGUUUAAAACUGACGCAAUUGUCAAUAUUAGCACUCCCAUUGACUUGUUCAAGUGUAUCUCAACACUAGCUUUGCAUAAAAAGGGACACUGCAGCUGAAAAAAUGAGGAAAAAUUUCACUUUGUACAUAGGAUAAAGUCCUAAUUGGAUUUGUACACUGUCCUCCCACUCUGUUCUUGAAGAUUAAAUGCUACAUGUGUAAGUCUGCCUAAAUAGGUAGCUAAAACUUGUCAAAAUGUCUGCCGCAGUUUGUCAAUAAAGUUUAGUCCUUUUUUAA